AUGGAUUCUAUUUUUAUUUCCUUCAAAUGGGCGUACGAUAGAGUUAAGCCUUCAGACUCGUGUUUUUGUGGCUCUGAAAGGAGAAAAUCUCAAGCACCACCAAAAGAGAUUCAGGAGACAUUUAUUCUUACAAACAUGACGAUCUCUGGGAAGUAUUCUUGUCAGUAUAAAACUGCUGAAGCUUUUUGGUAUCUAAGGGUGAGAGACAGCGGUUAUACUGAGGUGUGGAACUAUAAAGAGAUCGUCGCAGUGUCGGCCAUCACUGGUCUGCUGCUGGUCUUCAGUGUGGCGGGAUCUGUCUAUGUCUUCAGAGGAACUUGUAAAUAUUGCAAACCCCAAAAUAACCAAAGUGAUGAAAGCAGAAAGGACAGGGAGGAGACGGAAAGUGUUGAACCAGCCCAGUCUACGUCUUUGUAUGCUAGUCUAGAUGCUCGCCCAAAGUCUAUCUAUGAUGUUCUGGACCCAAUCGCUGAUUCUGCUGCUGGACACCAAGACCAAAUGAAAGCCAAAAUACCUAAAACAAAGAAUUCUCCAAAGAUGGUGAGAGAUGCUCCUCAAAACCAAGAUGAAGGAAUAUUUGAAUGCGUCUAUGAAAACUUUUAA